AUGGUUUCCAAAACCACGCGAGCUGCUGCACGCAUGCGUGCGGCCGCGGAAAGUGCCUCUCACGCCUCAGCAGAAGGCGAUUCGUCGCCUGUUGUCGUGAAUCCUCCACGUGGUGAGUCACCACGUGAGACUGGUACAUCCGCUGCGUCUGCAGCGGGUACUGCGAGUCGUAAUCCAGACGAGUCUGAGAUAGAGCUCAUCUGUUCUGGCGAUUCGGAAGAUGCAUCCGACUCGAAGGCGACGCCUCACGCCUCCGGAUCACCCGGGGCGGACACUGCAAGAGCCAGGCUGACUGGCUCUGGUCAGCACGGCGGUAUCAUGACCGAGAUCUUCGGAUUGAGUGAUUACUCCGAUGAGUGUCCGCCUCACGCAAGUCCAUCCAACGAUAGGACGAGAAGGGAUGGUGGUGAUGCACCUAUACAUCACCACGAGCGAAUCAACUCAAGGGAUCGGGGUAACACUGGUGCAUGUGCUCAUGCUGGCACCAAUCAAGAGGCCAGGGACCGAAAGGUCCUGCGCCACGCUCCUCAAGUGGAGUCUCCGUGGAUGCCGCCAUUCAUAGAGUUGGACCGGUUGGCCGGCACGACUACCGAACGGGGUCGAAUAACGUUGUUCGAUUGCAGAAAGAUUUACCCUCCUGAUUCCAGCACGGAAACUAUCCGUGCUGAGGAAGAGUUCUUCACCGAUGCGUUCUUCAAACAUCGGUGGUACAAUGGUAGCCGUGUACAAGACGGCAAAGCCUUGGUGCAGGGAUGGAAUGCCCUCUUCCACAACGUCGAGUGUAUUGGCCGUGAGGCUUAA